GCAGGCGCAGAGGGGGAGGAGGGAGGGUAAAGGCCGCGAGACGGAGAGCCCAGCGAAGAUUCCAUUCCCGGAGCCAGGCAGGAGGACCGGGGCAGUAGCCACAGGGCCCCUCUCCCCCCACCUUUGGCGGGAGCUCGCCGUUGAGGAGCGGCCGUAGGCCGGGGGGAGAUGAUCGAGAUGGCGGCGGAGAAGGAGCCGUUCCUGGUGCCGGCCCCGCCGCCCCUCAAAGCCGAGCGCGGCCCCGGGGCCCUGGCCGGGGGAGGGGCGGCGGCUGGGGAAGGGGCCGCCCCGCCGGUCCUGGAGGGCACGAGGAGGAGGGAGGUGAUGGAGGAGGACGACGACGAGGAAGAGCAGCGGCAGCAGAGGCGGCCGAGGGGAGGGAGCACCGAGCCGGGCCCCCCGCCCCGGCCCCGCAACGGCUUCCAGCCCCAGCGGGCCCCCGGGGGCGGCGGGGGCAAGAGGAGGAACAGCUGCAACGUGGGGGGCGGCGGGGGCUUCAAGCAUCCCUCCUUCAAGAGGCGCCGGCGGGUGAAUUCGGACUGCGACCCCGUGCUCCCCUCCAACUUCCUGCUGGGGGGCAACAUCUUCGACCCCCUGAACCUCAACAGCCUCCUGGACGAGGAGGUGAGCCGGGCCCUCAACGCCGAGACCCCCAAGUCGUCCCCGCUGCCGGCCAAGGGGCGCGACCCCGUGGAGAUCCUCAUCCCCAAGGACAUCACCGACCCGCUCAGCCUCAACGCGGGCACCGACGAGGCCCAGGUGGUCCGCGCCUCGCCCCUCAAGGCGGGGCGCAAACGCCACCGGCACCGCGGGCAGCACCACCAGCAGCCGCCGCCGCCCGCGGCCGAGCCCCUCUCCUCUUCCUCCUCCUCGUCCUCGUCGUCGUCCUCCUCCUCGGCGCCGCCCCCGCCCCCUCCCGCCCCGUCCCCGCGGGGGGAGGCGGCCCCCCAGCCCCGGCGGCCCCAGGGGCGGGAAGCCCCCCAGCCCUACGAACUGAACACCGCCAUCAACUGCAGGGACCAGGUGGUGUCCCCGCUGCCGCCCGCCCCGCGGGACCCCCCGGGGACCCCCGCGGCCACCCCGCCCGGGGCCGCCCCGCCGUCCUCCUCCGCCGCCCCCCCGUCCUCGUCCUCCUCCUCCUCCCGGCACCGCAAGCGUCGCAGGACUUCCAGCAAGUCGGAGGCCGGGGCCCGGGCGGCCCAGGGCCCCAAGGAGAAGGGCCGGGGGGGCGGCGGCGGGGGGCGGCCCCCGCCGGCCGGCUUCAAAAAGCAGCAGCGCAAGUUCCAGUACGGGAACUACUGCAAGUAUUACGGCUACCGUAACCCCGGCUGCGAGGACGGGCGGCUGCGGGUGCUGCGGCCCGAGUGGUUCCGCGGCCGGGACGUGCUGGACCUGGGCUGCAACGUGGGCCACCUGACCCUGAGCAUCGCCUGCAAGUGGGGCCCCGCCCGCGUGGUCGGCGUGGACAUCGACGCCCGCCUCAUCCACUCGGCCCGCCAGAACAUCCGCCACUACAUGUCGCGGGACCUGCGGCUGCCCGAGGCGGCCCCGGCCGAGCCCGGCCCCCCGACGGGAGAGCCCCCCGCCCCCGCCCGCAAGAGGAGCCACUUCCCCGCCUCGCUGACGGCCAGCCGGGGUCCCAUCGCCGCACCCCACGUGCCCCUGGACGGAGCCGACGCCUCGGUCUUCCCCAACAACGUGGUCUUCGUCACGGGCAACUACGUGCUGGAGCGGGACGAGCUGGUGGAGGCGCAGGCCCCCGAGUACGACGUGGUGCUCUGCCUCAGCCUCACCAAGUGGGUCCACCUCAACUGGGGGGACGAGGGGCUGAAGCGCAUGUUCCGCCGCAUCUACCGCCACCUGCGGCCCGGCGGCAUCCUGGUCCUCGAACCCCAGCCCUGGUCGUCCUACGGCAAGAGGAAGUCCCUCACCGAGACCAUCUACAAGAACUACUACCGGAUCCAGCUGAAGCCGGAGCUGUUCAGCUCUUACCUGACGUCCCCCGAGGUGGGCUUCUCCACCUACGAGCGGGUGGCCACGCCCCACAACUCCUCCAAAGGCUUCCAGCGCCCCGUUUACCUGUUCCACAAGGGCCACUGAGCCCCGGCCUUCCCGUCCGCGGCCGCCGCCACGCCGAGGACUCGGGCGGUUUUCUCGGGACGCCCCCUUCCCCUCCCCCGCCCCGCCCGGAGGCUGGCAGAGACCCUCUCGCCCCUCUUCUCCCGCACUCCCCCUCUCCCCCCUGCAGCUGGCAGGGGCCAGAGUGGGGUGGGACGGGGUGGGUACGUUCAGAGUCUCUUUUAGGAUCUCUCCUGGGGCUCCGCCCUCCCCCCCGUCCCCGCCCCGCCCCUCACAAGAGAGCUCCCUCCUCUCCGGCCUCCGUCGCCCCCCCGGCUCCUCCAUCCCGGCCGGGGGCAGGGACGCUGGCCGCGUUUCAGUGGACCGCGGAGGAGCUAGAUGCUGCAUGCCCCCUCCCCGCCCACCCCCCGCCUUAGGGGCAAGGGGUCUGGGGGCCUGCCUGCGUUGGACUGUGGCACAAUAAAUCCGACGUUGCAGGGAGGUGGUCCCCUCUG